CGGUGCUCCUCGAGGCGGAUGGCCUGGACUGGGCCAAGAGCAUUAGUUUCCUGCUCCGAGCUGAGGGCCCAACCGCCGUCGAAUGCUUGGAGAAAAUUCCCAAAGAAGCCCGGGUUGGCAAUUGGCGGAAUUCUGCCAUGGAGCGUGCCCACAUUCGGGAACAGCUUCGGGUGGUCCUGGAACAAGGAGAAAUGAUGGACGUCGAAGGCUCUCGGAAAUUUUGGUUUGAUCGCUUCAACGACGAAUACAUCACACUGGAAUCUCGGAAUUUAUUCACACGGCCAGAAGUGCAAGCCAGCCUCAAAUAUAUACCUGGCCUAUCUGCAAGUGAUGCAUGCAACCCAGAGCUACUGAAGCCGUUGGCCGACACAACCAAUGACGAGGUCUUUCACACCCACACGGUUGCAGCGUUGGUGCAGGCUGCGUGGAUGCAAACAAGGCUCGCAACCGCAGGCGAGGUUUUGAUGAGUCUUUUGAUGCUGCCCUUACUGUGCCACGCUUCCUUCACCUUACGCCACGAGCAACCACAUUUUGCAGUGCCACCAUCGCUAUGGAUUAUUCUAUGUUUUCAUGCCAAGAAGUCCUUUGAGGAGCUGAUGCAACAUUUGGCAGUGUGUUGCUAUCACCGAGACAGGUUCAACCUGUUCGAGUUUGACAACAUCGCCGACAUCGCAUACAUAGCGGCCGGGUGGAUGGCCAUUGUGCGCCAAGCCCUUGACCCAACCAAGCUGGAGAAGCCUUGGAUGUCCAUUUUCUGCGCUAUGGCCUGGCUCCGGGCAUUGUAUUCAUUGCGGGGCGAGACGUGGAUGGGUCCGCGGUUGCUCCCCAUCAUUUCGGCUUUGAAAGACACAUUGGCGUUCUUUCUGGUCACUUGGGCCUGCAUUCUGGCAGCAGCCCAUGCUUACUACAACCUGCAAAUGCGGGAGGAGCCAACACCGGUCUACGCCGCUUUGAUGCAAGUCGUUCGCUUGGGCAUUUUUGGGGACUUUGAUCUCUUCGAAUUCGAAGGGUUGGACACCACCUACAAGCCCAACGGGGAGGAGUGGGAACCUGUUGACCCAGAUCCAGGACCAAACUACGUAAACUGCCAGCUCAGCCAGCAAGUUUUUCUGCGUUUUGAAACCUCAAUUCAUGUCAUUUUGGUGCUAACACCGCGCUUAGACCAGCUUCCUGUCCUUGAAUCACGCAUGGAAGGUUGAGGCCCACAUCCUCUUCUACAUCACCGGUGUUGGUAUCACCAUUUUGCUGAUGAACCUCUUGGUGGGCGUUCUCAGCAACAACUUUGAACUUUAUGAAGACCAGUCGGCGGUGCUCUUCCUCAGAGCCCGUGCUAAACUGAUGUUGGAGCUGCAGGCUCGGCCAUGGACAUACAUCUUGCAGUGGCUUUCUUGCAGGCUUUUGCACAAUGAGGAAAAAGGUUCGUCCAGGAAAAGAUCAGAGCCAUCCUGCGUAGAGCCAUCCUGCGUGGUUGCCAUUUUGUUUCUAUUGUGCUUUGGGCCUUUGGUGCCCCUCUUUGCGUAUUCGAACACGUUUCUGGACGCAGUGAUACUUUCGGGCAUCACGAAGCGUGGGUGCUGUGGCUCUGUCCUCCUCCUGCUGUGCUCCCCCAUGCUCUUCAUUUUAUCUGCUUGCCUUGCUUUGAUCCUUAUGUUCUUCCGACUUGUCUUCCAAGUGCGGAUCAGCGGCAUUUUCUACAUGGUGGCAGUGUCCUUAGGGUGUUGUGGAGAGGAGUGCGGCAGGAGCCCGGAGGAUUGCCACAUUGGGCUGGUCGUCCGGGCCGAGCCGCCCAUGGAGGAACUUAGGAGCCUCCGCAGUGAGAUGAAGUCAUCGCAUGGCAAGCUGAGGAUACGACUUGAAGCAUUGGAAUCUCAGCAGAAGUCAUCGCAUGAAAAACUGAGGACACGACUUGAAGAAUUGCAAUCGGAGCAGAAGAAGUUGACAGAGUUGGUGAAGGAGUUGGUCCAAUCCGGCCGAAAGAGUCCUGAAGGAUUUGAUCCA